AUGGAGGUUCGGUGGUCCAAUGACGCCCCAGAGCAGAGGAUGACAGCCGCCAGUCCGGCCUGCAGCCCCUCCUCCUCCUCCCGCUCCUCGCCGGCCUGCGUCCGGGCGUGCCGGCGGGCCCUGCGGGGCGGGGGGGCCCUGCGCAGCGACCUGCGGCUGGGCUCGGCCCCCGGCGUGUGGCUGCUGCUGGGCGCCCUGGUGGUGCUGGUGGGGAUGAGCGUGGCGGUGGCGGGCUACGUGUCCGCCGCCGCCCGGCCCGCCGCCGGGCGGGGAGCCACCCACGUGGAGAGGAUGAAGCUGGCCGGGCCCGUGGUCAUGGGCGUGGGCCUGUUCGUCUUCAUCUGCGCGGCCACGCUGCUCUACGAGAACCGGGACCGAGAGGUGCUCAGCCGGGAGAGCCCCGACGACCUGGAGGGGCUGCAGGGGGAGAGCUGCGGCGAGGACUCGCAGGAGCCGCCCGCCCAGGACCGCUGGGAGGACACGGACUCAGAGCGGGCAGCCUGGGCCUCCCCGGCCCACGGGGCCCCCGCCGUCUCCGGCCAGAGUCCCCCGCUCCCUCCUGAGCCCAGCAGACCCCACGCCAGCAGCACACCAGCACCGCCACCACAGGCCGGGGGGGCAGACUCUGAGGAGGUGGACAGGGAAAGGGAGGGGGAGAAAGACGUGGAGGAGGAGGAGGAGGGGGGGUCAACCCUGCUGACCAGAGUGCUGCACCACCAGGAGCCCGCUUCCCGCCCUCCGUCCCCCGGCCUGUCCAUCUCCCUCUCCUCGGACUCCUGCAACUCCAGUCAGAUCGACUACAACGGGAUCAGUCUGAGGGCUUUUAUGGGAGCUCUAGGACUGCAGAGUAUUUCCUUGUUGUUCGGGCCCAUGCUGGGAUCCUGCCAUCCAGAUGAUGACUGUGACUUGAGCGUAUAG